AUGAUUUGGCCAAUGUUGGCGGCGGCACAAAUGAAACGAACACAAUUCGCCGAAGGCAAUAUCAAAAACUACAUCGACAACUGCAACACAAAAUACACAACAAGCAAGCUCUAUCGCUUGCCGGACGCAACACAAUUGCCAGCAGCAGCAAUAGCGCCACAACACGAUCAAUUGCAUCUGCAGGAUUAUACUUUCUUUUUCAAUGCCGAGCGCCAUACAGUAUUCCAAUUGCACACAAUACGACACAACAACAACACUAAUCAGAUUGCUAACAACAAUGCUAUGCCAACGUCCUUAGUUUCAACAGUGACGGCCAAUGGUGGGCGUGUAUUGAACGUAGUUGCAGACUCUAUCGGUGCAGUGUUUGGUGUAAAUACGCCAACGUCAGGCACAACAGCUGCUACGACCGACACAGUUGCUGCAGCUUCUACAGCAGCAGCACGCCAAACCGCCACUCCCUUGCCGACCCCGAUCAAAGUCGAAGAGGUGCAGCUAUACAAUGGGAAAUCUUUGCGGCAGUCACGUUUCAAUCCUUUCAAUCCAACGCGAAUUCUCAUACACGGUUGGCUUGGUGGUGCCAAUGCGGGCGUCUAUCAAACGCUCGUGCCGGCUUAUCUUCGUCAAGGCAGUGGCAAUUACAACGUCUUCACCAUCGAUUGGAGCCGGGGUGCUGUAGCAGACUAUCUUACGGCUAGUUAUCGCGUCAAACCAGUUGGCAAAGUACUGGCGAAAUUCAUCGAUUUCUUGCAACGUGAAGCGGGCAUACGCUAUGAGGAUUUGUAUGUGAUCGGCUUCAGUAUGGGCGCACACAUUGCGGGCAUCGCAGGAAAGCACAUACAAACCGGCCGUUUGCCGGUAAUCUAUGCACUCGAUCCAGCGCUACCUUUCUUCCGCUACGAGAAUUUCGAUGAACGCAUCGCCAUCACCGAUGCUGAUUAUAUUGAGGUGGUGCACACGAGUGUCGGCUCGUAUGGUUACGAUCGGCCGCUGGGUCAUGCGGACUACUAUGUGAAUUACGGCAGCGCGCAACCGGGCUGCUUUCUCAACGAGUGCAGUCACAUUCGCGCCUUUCAAAUAUUCGCCGAGUCAUUGCUGACGAAGGAGGCGUUUCGCGCGCAGGGCUGUGAUGUGAAGCUAUGGCCGGAUAUGAUUAAGCAUAGAAGGUGUUUGAUGGGUACAGGUAGAGAAAUGCUGCUGGGUGGCGAUCCAGCGAAUGUGACGGCGUUACGCGGACGUGGUGGCGUAUUUUACUUGGCGACAAAUGCAGGGCCGCCUUAUGCGAAGGAUGUUACAUGA